CCUUCACUGGUUAUCUGCUCUACGUAUUCAAUAUUGUGAAAUUUAUAAAAAUUUAAAAAGUUUAAACAAAAGUGAAAUAAUUAAUCAAAUAAACAUGGAUAAGUGGAUACGUGAACGUUUGAAAAACUGUCUGGACUUCGAGGUGCCUGAUGAUAUGAUCAAGUACAUUUUGUCUAUGAAAUCCUCAACGGAGUUUGAUGAGUACUUUGAAACUCUGCUUAAUGCAGAAUGUGAAGAUCACCGUUUAUUUAUGACCGAUUGUAAGCAAAGACUUUUCAGCAAACCACUGCAGAAUAAGCGUUCACCACCAACAAAUAACCAACAACAAAAGCAAGCAAAAUCUGGCCAAAACACUGCACAAAAUAAACAGAAUCAAAACACUUUAGCAUUGGACGGAAAAUUUGGUAAGCAACCACAGCAGCAACCCCAACAACCGCAGCAAUCACAAGGUGCUAAGAAGAAAUCCAAAUAUGUCAACUUAUACAGCAGCGAUGGUAGUGUUAGUGGCGAAGUGAUAAUGUUAAAAGGUCGCCGACUCUGCGAUUGUCAAGCCUCUCAGCACAAAUUAAUCAAUAACUGUUUGGGAUGUGGUCGCAUAGUUUGUGAGCAAGAAGGCAGUGGACCAUGUCUAUUUUGUGGUGAUAUUGUUUGUACCAACGAAGAAAUGCAGCUAAUGAAAAGCGAUAGCAAGAAGGGGCAGAAUUUAUUGAAAUCAUUGAAAGAGAAAGGCGGUGGAGAAUCAUUGAAAAAGGCUUUGGAACAACGCGAUCGUUUGCUCGAGUAUGAUCGAAAUAGUGAGAAACGUACGACAGUUAUUGAUGAUGAGUUGGACUAUUUUGAGGAAAAUUCAGUUUGGCUAUCCGACGCCGAGCGUGCCAAAUUCGAGCAGUUGAAGCAGGAAAUGCAUGACAAGAAGCAUGAGAGUCGCGCUAAACGCAAAAUCAAGAUUGACUUUGCUGGACGAGAAGUGGAAGAUGACCCACCUAUUACAGCUGAUUUUGAAAACCGUGUGCUGAAGGAAAUUGCGCAAGCAAAAGCUGCUGCGGGCGACAAAAAUAAUUGGUCCAACAAAAAGAACACACAAAAAAUUACACCCGACACAUGUGGCACAGAUCCAAAUAUGGAUGAUGAGCAUCGUCCCGUUUAUAAGCUUACCGCCGAAGGGAAGGCAUUAGCUGCUGAUGGAAAUAGUAAAGGUUUAGCAGAAUGUUCCUAUAAUCGUGUGCAAGAUAAGGAGUUGUUGGAAAUGCAAGAUAUGCGUCAUUGUCUUUCAAUGCAUCAACCAUGGGCAUCGCUGCUUGUGGCAGGCAUAAAGAAGCAUGAAGGGCGCGUUUGGUAUAGUGAGCAUCGUGGACGCUUAUGGAUAGCAUCAACCGUUAAAGAUCCACAUCCAGAAGAAAUUGAUGAGUUGAAAAACUUUUACAAGACUUAUUACAAUGAUGCUGACAUUAAAUUUCCGGAGCACUAUCCAACCGGUUGUUUGUUGGGCUGUGUACGUGUGGAUGAAUGCCUGGCACAAGAGGAGUACCGUGAAAUAUAUCCAAAUGGAGAGUCCGAAAGCCCAUAUGUUUUUGUUUGCUCCAAUCCACAACCGCUGCCAGUGGUAUUCCCCGUCAAGGGGCAGCAUAAAAUCUACCAAAUUGAUCCCAAAAUCCAUAACGCUGCGUGUAAAACAUUGCUUCGUUUGAAAAAUGCAAAGAAUUAAGGUGAUUGUCUCAAACACUUUCUAAAAGACGCUGAU